AUGGGCCUUGACGAGUGCAAAGCUGAGUGCUUUAAAAACUGUAGUUGCACGGCUUAUGCUAAUUCCUUCAUUACUAAUGGUGGCACUGGCUGUUUGAUGUGGUUCGGUGAACUCAUUGAUACCAAACAACACUAUGGAGCAGAUAGUAAGCAGAACAUCUAUGUCCGUGUUCCAGUUUCUGAACUUGACAAAUUUAACACAGGUUUGGAGGAGGAAAAGGAGAAGAAAAGGCCUAUGGAGAUAAUACUGAUAUCGAUUGCUUCUGGUGUUCUCAUCUCAGCCUUUAUCAACGGAGGCGUACUUCUAAUGGCAAGACUAAAGAGGCGAGUGAAAGAAAAUAAUGAAGAUCUAGAAUUACCUGUGAUCAAAAUGGCAACUAUUGUACAAGCAACAAAUUAUUUCUCCAUGGAAAACAUGAUUGGAGUUGGAGGCUUUGGUCCUGUUUAUGGGGGAAACAUGCCAUCGGGAGAAGAGAUUGUGAUCAAAAGAUUGUCGAAAUGUUCACGACAAGGUAUUGAAGAGUUUAGAAAUGAAGUUAUGAUGAUUGCAAAACCUCAACAUAGAAACCUCGUCAGGCUAUUGGGAUGUGGUAUUGAAGAAGAGGAAAGGAUGCUAAUAUAUGAAUACCUACAAAAUAAAAGCCUCGAUUAUUUUGUUUUUGAUCACAAUCGGAGAACACUGUUGACAUGGCCUAAGCGUUAUGAUAUUAUCGUGGGAAUUGCAAGGGGACUGUUAUAUCUUCAUCAUGAUUCCAGAUUAAAGAUUAUUCAUAGGGAUCUUAAAACAAGCAAUAUUUUACUAGACGGAAAUUUAACUCCAAAAAUAUCAGAUUUUGGGUUAGCAAGAAUUUUCCAAGAGGAUCAGUCUCUUGCUAAAACAAAACGAGUUGUUGGAACAUAUGGAUACAUGGCUCCCGGAUAUUUAAUGGAUGGGAAAUACUCGGAGAAAUCUGACAUCUUUAGCCUUGGAGUGGUGUUGCUGGAGAUAAUUAGCGGGAAAAGGAACAGAGGAUAUGAACACUCAGAUCACUAUCUUAACCUCUUGGGCCAUGCAUGGUUGCUGUGGCAAGAAAACGGGACUUUAGAGUUGAUGGAUGAAUGUUUGUAUGAUAAAUUUGAGGAGUGUGAAGUGAAGAGAUGCAUGCAAGUGGGGUUAUUGUGUGUUCAGAAAUUUGCAGAGGAUAGGCCAACCAUGUCGUCGGUGGUUUCAAUGUUAGGAAGUGAUGGAGCAGUUCUGCCCGAACCAAAAGAACCCGGGUUUUUUAUGGAAAGAAGUUGCAGCACAUCACCAUAUAUUGAGUCAGAGAAUAAUACUGAUACGGACCGGUCUUGGAAAGUCUACCGCCGAGGAAGUAGGAAAGUAGUUUGGCCGAUGGAGAGGAAUAAGGAGGCAGGCCCAACUGAAACAGAAGCUGGUGGAGAAGAAUAA